GCGUCAGCCGACAACGCAGGUCUGCUGGGUAUAUAAGCUUCGCUGGGAGCUACGCAGCUCAAACGACGCAGCAGACUACUCAGCAAAGAUAAAGCGACAUCGACAAGACUACACAAGAGCAAGAAACUGUUGUUGAUUUAGAUCUACUUUGCCAUACAAUUUUAUACGUUAAGAAAGAAUCAACAUCGACGAUUGACCAUGGAAGUAACUUUGAAAGCCUUCCUGCCAAGAGGGGGAUCUACUGAAGCACGAAGAAUCCCUAUUUCUUUGCCAGACGCAAACGGUAGAGGCAUUUUUAAACAAGCCACUGUAAAAAUCAGCCAAAGUUUCCCUGAUUUAAAGGCCAAAUAUUUUAAUCUAAUGUGGAAAGAUGCUGAUGGGGAUGACAUUGUCAUGUCAACUGAUGAAGAAUUGCUGGAAGCCCUAUCACAUACAGCAGGCUCUCCACUCAAGGUUUAUAUUUUAGUUGAAGGCGACAAAGAGAAGGUUUCAGAAACUGAUGCGGAAGCCACAAGUGAAGAUCAGCCUAGAAGAGCAAACCAUGAAAGAGAAGAUGAAUGGCCAUUUAUGUUCCCUAAUGGGGGAUGUGAAAUCCCAUUUGAGAAUGUGAAUGUUCCACCAUUUCCUCCUUGUGACAGGGAAGAUUUCUGUCAAGAGAUGAAUGGUGGCAAGAAGAGGAGGCAUCAUGGUCAUCAUGGUGGAAUGCAUGGUCAUGGUCCUUUUGGAGGGCAUGGACCAUUUGGAGGACAUGGACCAUUUGGAGGACAUGGACCUUUUGGAUGUGGAGGGCAUGGUCAUUUUGGUGGACAUGGUGGUCAUGGACCUUUUGGAGCUCAUGGACCUUUUGGAGGUCAUGGACCUUUUGGUGGACGUGGUGGACAUUGUUCUUUUACUGGGCGUGGAGGUCAUGGACCUUUUGGUGGACAGGGACCUUUCUUUGGUCAUGGGCCAUUUGCUGGACCUCACCAGGCUUUCAUGUUUGGAAAUGUCCAUGAAGGAUUUUAUCCCCAUCGCAAAGAAGAAAGAAAAGGAGAAAAAAAAUGGAAAGCAAAUUUGAGGGAUUCCAUCCCAAUUUUGCAUCGUCGCUGGGCAAAGAAUUACAUCAGAGACUGGCGUGUGACACAUCUGACAAACGCCACCACAACAAGCAGUGAAAGUGAUGAGGAGAGAUUGACCAUGGCAUCGGCUAGUGUCCCUGAGGCAUAUGCUAAGUGGCUGGAUCAACUUUUGCCCAAGUGGCACAAGAGAUGGGGCCAGUACAAGAAAAGUAGUGAAAGUGCUUCAGACAACAGUGACAGUGAAGCCGAGUCUUCAGAGGAUGCUAAACAGCUCAAGGCCUCUGUUCCCAAAGAAUUCCGCAAGUGGGUGAGAUGGUAUUUGGCAAGGCACUUCAGCCAGAAAGAGGCCCCAAAGUUUCACCAUGAAAACUUUCCACAUGUCCCUGGCUAUGACAAGAUGUGCAAAAAGUUUGGGAAAAAGGCAUGGAAGAAAGCUUGCAAGAUGAACACACUUAAUGGUUCAGUGCCAUUGAAAUACAGAGCUUGGGCGAGGGCAUUUAUCAGGCAGUGGCGCCUGGAGAACAAACUGUCUCAGGCUCCAGGAGCCUCCUCUAGUGAGAGUGAGGAUACUGAGAAAGACAUUGUGCAAGGGGAGAUCACUGUACCAAAUGAUUAUGAGAAGUGGAUGCAAAAAUUCCUAGUCAAAUGGCACUCCAGAAGAGGUGUGCUGGAAGGGAGACAGAUGGAGAUUGAAGGGAUGGCAGAGUUAAGGGCUACUGUUCCCUGGGAUUUCCGCCAUUGGGUAAAAUGCUACAUGUAUCAUCGCUACGCAAAUCCACGGAUUUUUGGACAGACAGACACAGCCAGCCAGUAUCAGAAAUGGUUUGCCGCCUUCCAAAAGAAAUGGCUGAGUGAACAAAGCAAGGACAGUAGCAGCGAGGAUGACGCCUCAGCUACAAAACCAGCAGAGAAAGAAGUAGAAAAAUCCUUCAAGCGUCUCCGUUUAGAGGAAAAUGGCAAGCAGAGUAAAAAUGUCACUUUUGAUUCAGCAGCAAAUGAAAGUGAGAAGAAAUCUGACACAGCGGAAACCUGUGAAAAAGACUGCAGAAAACCUUUUCACCACAAAAAGAUGAACCCAGGCCUCCAUCACUGGAUGAAAGAAGCCUUGUAUCAGUGGGAUGGGAAAACUCCAAGUGACACAUCAGAACAGGCCAAUCCAGAUCAAGACAUUCCUCCACACAUGUACCACUGGAUGACCAAACUGAUGAUGAAGAUGCAGAUGAAGAAGAUGAAAAAAGAAAUGAAGGGUGCCAAGAAAGAGAUGAAAGCAGCAUGGAAAGCUCAGAAAUUUAACAUGUAAAACAGAACUUGGGGAUGGCUAAUCUGAGCAUUAGUUUAUUUUUAUCACCCAGAUUGGUGGCAAUAGAUAGCUUGAAGAAAACAAAGGAUUUUGUUUUUACUUUAUAGUUACCUGUAAUCAUCUUGUAGUAGUUUUGUAGGCUACUUUUUCAUUCUUAAUGUAGAAAAAUUCUGUUAGAACAUAACAAUGUAUGUUUUUUCUGCCAAUUUUUUUAAGACAUGAUGGGUGUACAUUUAUUUAAGAGGGCAAUUUCUAAAUUUUGGAUGUUUCACAUUUUUUUUAAUGAAGCUAUAUUUUUGGAAAAUUUUAAUGACUAAUUUAAUUCAUAACUUAAAUUAAAAAUUCCAAACAUUAACAUUUUUAAAAAUUGUGUAAUACUUAUUAUUUUUUUUAUAUGACAUAUUUUACAUGUACAAAAUUUGAUGUUCAUGUCUAUAAUUUUUAUGUAAGAAUUAGAUGCCAAUGGUUUGGCGUUGAACAAAAUAUAAUGACUCACCUGAAAAUCUCUAGUUCAUUACCCAGGCACCAGUAGUAAAUAGUGCCUGGAUCAACUCAUUCUAUAAAGGGUACCUGACUAGUCAGAGAAAGUAAACAUAGCUGGGCAUAGUGACAAUCAUACAAUCCCUUUGUAAGCAAAGAUACAUAAACAUUACAUGUGAACUCUACCUGUAAUACAGACCAUCAAAUUAGAAAGGGGUCUAACAUUAGAAAUUAGUAUUACAUUUUAAUUCUGUAUAGAACAAUGUUUAAUUAGAUUUUUUUUCUAAUAAAAAAAAAAAUUUUGUAAGAUUUUAAGAGUUACUUGAAGACAGAAAAGAAUUUUUGUGCAACCAGAUUUUUAAAUAAUUUUUUUAUUUAUACUCCAGCACAAUGUACCAUAUAUGAUUUUCACCAUUAUUUUACAUCAAAGAUUUUAAAUGGCAAAAAAUUUAAGUUGUUUGAAAUAUAUUUUCAUUUAUAUUAAUAUUUUUAACUUACUGAUAAAAUUACAUUUUGUUUUUUACUACAUUGUUGUAACUAUUUCUUUAGAUAUUAAAAUUGCAAA